UAUACCUUGCGAUUCUACCCCAGAAUGCAAUCAACACCCAACAGAACCAGUAAAAUUCCUCGACCUUGGAAUAUGUCUCCACGAGUCAGCCAAGAAAGCAAAAUUCCCCAAGAAAAUGGGAACUCCCAAAACACAAGUCCUCAGCUACCAAUCCAAUCUCUGCCUGUUCCCGUCCAGGAUGAGUUCCCCCUUGUUUCACAACUGACGCAGGACCUCGAGGACUGCGACUGGGAGCAACUGCAAAACAAAUAUUCCGAUUCAAUGGAAGAACACAGCCGAGUGGAAGAGAAUCUUCGCAUUGAAACAGCAAAACUGCUCGAGGUUUUUAUGGCCUGGUCUCAAACCACUGUGUUGCAAGAUGAAAAUCGGGCAUUGAAAAGAUUCAAGACCCAGAUGCAGCAUGUUCAACACUCGGAAGUCAGCAUGGAAAACAAAAGAAAGCAUUAUACGGAGGUGGUGAAGGCUUUCCAAAGUGCUCUUGCGCUACUCAACGAGCAGCUCAAGGUUUGAGUACAUCAUUAAUACGACACUUAUGAUCCAAUCUUACGAAGUUAUGUUAUACUUCCCUUUUGUUUGAGCAGGGCCAUACAGGAUUUGAGAAUGAAUCAACCUGCAAAAUGCCAUGGU